AUGCCCCACGAACUUCACGCGCAAAGUCAUUUCAACGUUGACGGUAUGGCGGAGAACGCAACUGAGCAGCAUGAAAUUGCGCUCUUCGCCAACGCACUCGUACUGGCAUCUAUGCUCGACGACGUCCCUGGCUCCGUAGACGAUAUGGACAUGCUAAGCACCCUCGCCGAUGCACGAGACGCCGCCAUCGCGACCAAUGCAACCUUCCUCGUGACCCCGACGAUGAUCCACAAGCUGGACCAACAUGCAUAUGCGGUCUACAGACCGCCACUGCUUGCCUUCCUCACGAGCGAACCCGAAGCAGAGUGGCGCGUUUUCAACGCGCACGCGCCGGGAGAUAUGUUGAUUGAUGUGCUGUCAUGCAUGGUUGUGAGGGCUGACCAGGACGGGAGUGUCCAUACGUCUGCACAUCACGGCAUGCCAAUGCUACUCAUGCCCGCAAAUAUUGCAUUAGAGCAUUCCGUAGGUUGUGGGCCAGUGUCGCCUGUAGAGGCAGUCGUGAGGGACGAAGCGAUCGCGAGUAUCGGGAGCAGAGUCACGGUCGGUAUUGGCUGGAUGUCCGUUGCGAUGCUUGUACCAGUUGUGGCGGCAUAUAUCCUCUGA